AUGGCCAAUUCCCACCUAAAUCCACUGACUCGGCCCUACUACCCGCGCUGCCAGGAAAAGCUAAACUUGUUCUCCAUUAACUUCCGCUCCGUUCUCAACAAAUCCGCAGAAUUGUCGGCUAUUGCCGAGAUCCACAGACCUGACAUUAUCUGCCUCAGUGAAACCUGGUUAGCUCCAAGUGUCGCUCUUAGUAUCUCUGGAUACACCACCUUUCGGCAUGAUCGACCUCCUAACGAAAACAAGUCUGGUACCGCCUCCAGGGGAUAUGGUGGAGUCGCUAUUCUCGUUCGUGAUCAUCGUUUCAGUUGUAUCCAACUUCGCAACGACCUCAGUCGCCCUACCUGUGAAACAGUGUGGGUGGAGCUUAAACCUUGUUCCGGCUCCCCAAAGCCUAUUAUUGUCUGUAGUGCCUAUCGCCCACCCUCUGCCAAAAGCACAGAGAUAAAUCACUUCUGUAACAUGCUCACCGAUGCCCUGGUCACUAUCCCCAUGUCCUCGUACCACGUCAUACUGACUGGAGACUUCAACUGUAAGCACCAGCACUGGUGCCCAACUGACUCAACGUCCCCCGCGGGAGCUGCGCUCUACCGCCACCUCACCUGCUUCGGACUAGAGCAGCUUGUGAAUACCCCAACGCACACAACACCUGCAGGGACCCAGGCGUGCUUAGACCUUCUCUUCGUCAACAACCCCCAGCUUGCAACGGAUAUUAACACGACAUGCGCUCUUGGAUCCUCGGAUCAUCUGACCGUGUUAUGUUGGUUCGAGCUCUCACCAUCGCCUGGCCAACAUCUGCAGCAAGCACCACGCAAACAUUUCCCUUACCGCAAUCGUCAUGUCCCCUCUCACUGCUGGGACUCUCUUAAUUCCGAUCUCUCUCAUUGUGACUGGUCAUUUCUACGCCCAGGCAACUCCCCAACUGUUGACGACGCAGUCGAUCGAUUUUCAAUCGUCCUAGAACAAACCUUCCAGCACCACCUCGCUGAUUUUUCCACCCAUUCUUGUCGGUCAAACACACGCACAUCGUCUGUGACAUCCAAUCCACCCUGGGUGUCGACUGUCCUCGUAUCUGCAGUGAAACGUAAACGAGACCUCUUCAGUGUCAGCAGAAAAUUUCCGACACCUGUCAAUAUGGAGGCCUACCGAGUUCAACGCAACUUUGUCAAAUACCUAUCCCGUAAAACUUACCGCUCUUACAUCAGCUCCCUCUCUGCAACAAUCUCAUCACCCAAUCGUCCUUCUCUCUAUCAGUUCAUUCGCACCCAGCGUCCCAGUGUCUCUCGCGCCCCAAUCCAGUGCUUGAUUGAUCCUGAUGGCAACAGUCAGUCUGAGGCAAAGUCCAUUGCGGACACUCUGAACAAACAGUUUGUCUCUCCCGGCCUUCCCGACGAUCCGAACUGGGUUAUCCCAGAAUACAUCAUCGGAAUACCACUCACGACAACUAGCACUGCCCGACGGCCGUGCUAG